GUGGCCACGCCAGGCCAGUGUCUUGUGUAUUAAUACGUUUAUGGAUAAAAAUCAUUAUCUAUUGAAAUUGGCGGUGUAAAAAAUAUAUCUUUCUGAAGUAUUCUUAAAAUGGGAGAACUUCGAUUAUUUUUCAUAAGUACGUGUUUACUUACGACAUUUUGCCAUAUCCUACCACAAGAAAGAUUGUAUGCGUUGGACAUUGUACAUUAUAAUGAUUUUCAUGCAAGAUUCGAAGAAACGUCAGUUCACUAUCCAGUAUGUCGAUUCAACAACGGCUCAUGUCUGGGUGGAUUCCCGCGGCUCUACAAGGAAAUAACCACACUCCUCAACGAGAAACCAGACGCGUUACUAUUGAACGUUGGAGAUAGUUUUCAAGGAACAUAUUGGUACACUUUGUUAAAAUGGAACGUAACUCAGGAAUUCAUGAACUUGUUGCCUCAUGAUGCUCAUGCUAUAGGCAACCACGAAUUCGACGACGGUCCGGAGGGUCUGGCGCCUUACCUCUCGCAUCUAAAAGCACCAGCGCUAGCUGCCAAUAUGGACGUGUCACAAGAACCUGUACUGCAGGGAUUGUUCCAGAGCAGUAUAGUUGUUGAGAAAAAAGGACGGAAAAUUGGCAUCAUUGGUCUUGCUACGCAGGAAACAGCGUAUCUGUCUUCACCGGGUAAAGUGAUGUUCACGGAUCCAGGAGAGGCGACCGAUCGGGAGGUAAAGAAGCUUAAAGAGCAGGGCGUCGAUAUUAUACUAUUGUUGUCGCAUUGCGGAUUGACAAUAGAUCGUAAACUAGCCCACGAUCACGGGGAAUACAUAGACAUAAUAAUUGGUGGACACACUCACAGCCUACUGUGGAACGGAAUUGCUCCAAGCGGGGAAACGGUCGCAGCUCCAUACCCUGUAUUUGUAGAGAGCAAUAAGGAUGUCAAACAUAAAGUGCUAAUUGUACAAGCUUCGGCGUUCACCAAGUACAUGGGUAAUCUGACUGUGUUCUUUGACGAUCGCGGUGAAUAUGUGAAAUGGGAGGGUGGACCAAUUUUCUUAGACCGAUCUAUUCCUGAAGAUGAAGAAAUCAAAUCAAAGCUACAGCCGUACGCUCAGUUGGUGCGUGAAGCAGAGAACAUUCGCAUAGGGGAAACCACGACUACUCUCUUGGCAGAGGACUGCGCGUAUGGUGAAUGCCCCUUGGGAAAUUUCAUUGUCGAUACUAUUCAGGCUGUGGCUAAAACAAAAGUGGAUUCUGAUUACGAUUCCAUCACUUUUAUGCCAAGCAGUACUAUAAAAGCCAGUUUUCCUCAGGGAAGUACCGAAUUCCAAGAACUAAUUAGGUCAUACCUCAUUACGGUACUUUAUCGGGUGUCAAAGCCGCAGCCUUCAACAUCAUCAGGACUUGGGUCUGUAGGCAGACCCAAAAAAUCCUUUGACGACUCAUCGCUCAAAACGAAGAGACGUAGAGUAGAAGAUCUUUUAGAAAUUCGGAGUGCAAGUGAGCUUACUGUAGCCGCGGAAUUAGCUACUAGGAAGGAAGGGCACCGAAGUGUUGCUAAACAAAUUAAAGAAAUCGGCGAAAGUCCAAAAAAGAAUAAGUGUUCUGAACAAAGUAGGCAGUUAACUCCGGACGAAGCGUUAGCUUAUUACGUAGACUCCAAAUCUACUUGUCACUCAUAUAAGCAAACUAGGAAGUGGUCAAUGAAGGCGGGACAUCAAGUGUAUCCAUCAUUGUACAGUUUAGGUAAAUCCAAAGCUUCUUGUCCUUCUGACGAACACAUUACUGUGACUGAAUCUCGAGCUGAAAUUAAACUUCAGGCGAUUUUGAAUAAAACGGCUGAACGAUUAGUUGAAGCUCAAUGUGAAGUUAUUAGAAGUGUGUUACCUCGUUCAUCGUAUACGUUGCUUUCCGAAGAAGCCCAGGAGGCAAGAAAUAAAGAUUGCCGUAGAUUCCGUGAACGACACACUAGGAAGCGGUCACGUAUUGCCACGAAUACAGAUCUUUUGAGAAUGCUCCUAAUUACGUCCGAUCCUGUAAUCAACACAUUUAGAGAGGUGCCGAAGAAGAAGAUUACUGCUUUGCCAGCGGAGGUUCUGCAGUUGGUUAUCCCACCUUCCUUACCAACCCAGUUAUCAUCAGUUCGCGAAAUUGAUGAGGAGGAUUACGUGUUGUCAGACUCUACCGAAUUGGAGAGUAAUGAUGAGGAAUCCUCUGAAGAUGAGCAUUAA